AUGGCCGGCUCUCACGAUGUCCGAUCCAUUAUCGCUGGUAUAGCGAGCGACUCCGAAUCCUCGCGCAAGCUCUCCGUCUAUCAUCUACAGUCUCUUGUCAGCGAGCCUUCGUUUGCGCGUGCCUUUGUGCAAUUCCAAGGCGUACCUGCGUUGAAGCAGGUCGUUCUUGAGGAGAAUGGGAAUGCUCUCGCCUAUGCGCUGGGUAGCUUGACGCGUCUGCUGGAGAUGGACCUGGGCUGGGACCAUUUAAGCUCAGAUGUGAUAGAACGUGCUGUCCAAGUUGUCGUCAGUCGCCCUGUUAUCAAUGUCCUUCGCAACGCAUUGCUUCUCCUGGUCCUGGUGGUAUCACGACCUUUCGAUCCUUACAAGCUACAGCAACCUUCCGAAGACGAAUUCGGAUUCAAGGCUCUUGUACCGCUCUUACAAGUCCACUCAAACUUCCUUGAUUGUCUCGUUGAUAAGCUGGGCUCUGCCGAUCAUGCGUUGUGUGCGAAUGCCCUGCAUCUCGUGAAUGCAUUGAUGCGAGACUCUGUCGCUAAUGGAGGAGAAACCGAAUGGCCUAAGUUCAUCAGCAGAUUACAGGAGUUGGGUGUUAUAAGUGGCGUCGAGAAUCUGAUGCGCGGUGAUACGCUUCAAGAAAUCGCUGGUCCGAUUCUUGAGUUCCAAAGUCUCAUGAAAAUUCUGUUCGCUCGCUGGAGACAUAUAUUGGUUGACCUUGAGAAAGCCGAACAUCGACAAGCACUCAAGGAGCUCCAAAUUUCAAGCUUCCCGCCCAAGUAUCAAGCUAGUCAGCAAGACCUUGACUCCGACAAAUGGCAGCGCCUAGGUUUUUCAUCCGACAAUCCCACAUCAGACCUCGAAGACGCCAGGUUCCUGGGUAUGAUGAACCUCACCGAGUAUGUACGCAGGAAUCGUGAUACUUUCCAGCGAGAACUUCUGGAGCAGAGUGUCAUGCCCUUGACUCAACGAUGUCCUAUUGCGAAAGCAAGCAUGAGUAUCACCAUGGUCCUCUACGAGCACUUUGAGAUUGCCAAGAUGGAUGGUCAAGAUCCAACGAAGAACACCACUAGCCCAGAUGAUGCCAAAGAUGCGGAGAGGCUCGCAAAGCCCCUGCUUCUGCGCUGGGAAGACGUACACGCAGCCUCGCUCAAUGCAUUUAUCCGCCUGUGGAAGGAAGCAGGUGCGACGACUAACGAUUAUCGCAAGAUCGAUGAUCUCUCAAGGCUUCUGAUCAGGACAAUUCUAGGGCAAUCAGACAGGCGAGCAUCCAUGGACCAAGUCGAAGAGCAGUUGGGAAGCACCACUCUGGCAAAGGUCAGAGAAUGGCAGUUGCAAGACGUCUCGCAGAUCUAUGAAUAUGCUUGGGGGCAAGACUUGAGGAAACUCCGUGAGCAAACACAUACGGAUGCGCUUCUGUUCAUGCGCGAGCAACGCAUCAAGUGUCUACUCCAAGGCUCCUGGUUCCCGAAUAUCUCAUCACAGACAUCUUCAUCGAACCUUUCAAUCACUCCAGAAGAAACACAGAAACUACGCAUCACCGCCUGGCGAUUUGUCCGGCUCUCGAAUGACAGAAAAUACCUUCACCACGCUUCGCACAAUACCAAGCUCAGUAAGCCCCCACAGCUUCAUGAACUCAACGAGAGGAUCGACGUAGAAACCAUCAGCUCUGUCGAUUCUAGUGUGGCCAGAUCCGAUGUUUUACUCGGUGAUGAUACAACGGAAUCUCUUAGCGACAAGCAUGCUCCGGCCACGGGAACAGUCACAAGACUUACCAUUUUCGGCACCUCGAACACUUUUGCAAAACCUCAAGCCAAUGGAGAGUCGGUGUUGUUAGAGCUUAACACUAGCAGCACAUCACUUGCUUCCGAAUGGCUGGAUGGUCUUCUCAUGCUCUUGAAUCAGCAACCGAUCACCGCAGACACCAACAAACUAGUUGACCUGCUUGAGCAGUGGAGUCUGACCAUUCGUAUGCUGAAUCUACGCUGGGAAGAUGUGGAUUGGGAGCGUGCGCAGGACGAUAAACAGUUGCCUGUCCCGAGCCGGAGUGGGCUGGACGACGAUUUCUGGUAUGACAUGUGA